AUGGACGUGCUCCUCCCCGACGACGUGCUCGCUUGCAUCCUCCGCCGCCUCAACCCGCGCAGCCUCGCGGCGUCCCGCUGCCUAUGCAAGGCGUGGCGCGACGUCGUGGACGCCCGGAGCCUGCUGCGCGCGGACCUCCUCCCGCUCUCGGUCUAUGGGAUCUUCUUUGUGGAGGAGGUGAUCCUGAGCAGCAUGCGAUUCUUCGCCCGCCCCCUGAUGGAGAUGGAGCACAAAAUCGCCGUCAGAUUCGACUACCUGGACGAGGACGUCCCCCGCCCAGACUACCACCAUCUGGAAGUAUUGGAUCACCGCAACGGCCUGCUCUUGCUCAGGGACUGGGUGGUUAACCCGGCGACCCGGCAGUGCACGCCUUUGCCCCCGCCCCCGCCUCUACGCGCGGGGAUGGAAGCUUUCUUUGACACCAGAUACCUUGUGUUUGAUCCCGCUGUAUCGCCGCACUACCAUGUGUUUUCGAUCCCUAGAGUCUUGCGCAGAACUGUUGAGCUAACCAAAUUCACCGACGAGACGGAAUGGCCGCCAUCGCCGUACACGCUCACCGUGUUCUCCUCGACAACACGGAGGUGGGAGGAGAGGUCUUUUGUUCGACAAGAAGGAGAAGCGGCCACACGGACUACCAUAGCUGAUAUCAACUUCUCUCCUCGGAAGCAACGCUACGCCGUCCACUGGCGGGAUGCGCUUUAUGUGCAUUCCCAAGACGAUUCCAUUAUACGUAUAACCUUGUCGACCCAUAAGUACCAAGUGAUUCCAUCUCCAAUAGGACGUCAAGUGACAUAUCUAGAAUCUCUCUACUUGGGGAAAUCCAUCCACGGCGUCUACUGUGCACUAAUCUUUAAUUUGGAGGAACGGCUACGGAUUUGGCUACUUAAUGAUGAUGAGGUACGCGGUCAAACAAAAUGGGUGCUCAAGAAUGACGUGAGCAUUCAACCACUCGUGGGAAUAACACAUCAACACUUUGGCCUUCAAAACAAUGGACUUUGGACUUUGCAAAACACUUCCUACGAACCAAUGGCGGAGCAGAAAUUUGAAUGGGAUCCUGACAGCGACAUUACCCUUGAAGCUGAGGCUAAGGCUCCAAUAGAUCACUUUCAUGAUGAUAUUCGUACCCUAGGAUUUCAUCCUUACAAGGAGAUUCUCUUCUUAUGGACAAAUUGCAAAAGAGUAGUAGCUUACCAUUUGAACAGUUCCAAGGCUCAAGACGUGGGAAAGUUACCCGUACCAUCGAUAGAAACGUCUUUUGUAUACACACCCUUGUUGGAUGGGGAAAUAUUAGGAAAAUAG